UAACCUUCGAAGGUUCUAGCGAGCGGGUUCGGGUCUCAAUCCCUCGGAUGUAGGUAUACGUACGUCUACAAUCUACGCUACGGACUUCGCCCUUUCCCUCCUUCCGAAGGUUCCAGAUCCUCCAACACGGCGAGAAGUCCCUUGCCUCUCCUCUCCCUUCCCUUCCGUCCCGAGACUCAACCCCAGUCUCAUUUGCCUCUCCCUCUAUCUCUCUUCUCUUAUCUCUUCCUUCUCUUCUAGGGUGCUUAGCGAAGUCCCUUGCUGGUGAAUCGCCAGGUGCUUCGAUUCAGGUUUCCUAGAAGGCUUCAGUUUCAGCUAUAUUACCUUGUUUUGAUGGCGGAACACUUGGCUUCGAUCUUUGGCACGGAGAAGGAUCGGGUCAACUGCCCGUUCUACUUCAAGAUCGGCGCGUGCCGCCACGGGGACCGAUGCUCCCGCCUCCACAACCGGCCCACCAUCUCCCCCACCCUCCUCCUCUCCAACAUGUACCAGCGGCCCGACAUGAUCACUCCCGGCGUCGACGCCCAGGGCCAGCCCAUCGACCCGAGGAAGAUCCAGGAACACUUUGAAGACUUCUAUGAGGACAUCUUUGAAGAGCUCAGCAAGUUCGGCGAGAUCGAAAGCCUCAAUGUGUGCGACAACCUGGCCGAUCACAUGAUCGGCAAUGUAUACGUUCAAUUUAGAGAGGAGGAUCAGGCUGCUGCUGCCAUGAGGGCCCUUCAAGGCCGGUUCUAUUCAGGCCGACCCAUAAUUGUCGACUUUUCUCCCGUUACUGACUUCCGUGAGGCCACAUGUAGGCAAUAUGAGGAGAAUAACUGCAACCGUGGGGGUUACUGCAAUUUUAUGCACGUUAAGCAAAUUGGUAGGGAGUUGAGGAGGAAGCUGUUCGGAAGGUACAGGAGGUCGAGGGGGAGCAGAAGCAGGAGCAGGAGCCCUAGCCCGUAUUACAGGAGGGAGCGCAGUCGUGAUUAUGGGGACAAUCGUGAUCAUGGGGAUUAUAGAGGAAGUGGAAGGAGGAGCAGUGAUAGGCAUGGAAGACAUGAUAGAGACGCCGAGAGGCGGAGGCAUGGGAGCCCCAGACGAGGGAGCCCGGUGAGAGAGAGUAGUGAGGAGCGGAGGGCUAAGAUAGAGCAGUGGAAUCGGGAAAGAGAGCAGAGGAAUGCGUGAAUAAUAGGUGAUUCUUCAGGCUGGUUUAUUACAUAUGAUCUCCUCCUUCAGUGUUUCGAGUUUCCUAGAUGACAUUUGUGAGGAGCUAUGUCCGCUUUUCUUUUGUUUGUAUCCUUUGAGAACACUUUCAGAUUCCGUACAUUUUGGGCUACUCAUUGGAGCUUUAAAGAUGCUCUCUCUUUUCAGCUGUGUUGGAUGACCGCCUUGAACUUUCUGUUGUCUAUUGGACUCUGUUUUGAUAGCAAAAACUGUUUCUGUGAUUCCGAACAAAUUAGUCUUCAUGCGCAGGUGAUUGCAUGGUGUUCAAAAAA